GGUAGUUCGUUGUAUUUGAAUAGGACGUUAGCACAACAAGGAAAGAGCAUUUUCAAUUUAUGAGAAAUGAUAUAAAACAAUUUAUCAGCAAUGAUAUAAAACAUUACUUGCACCACCUCGCGCUAGGAGCAUUCAUUCACUCACUCAGGUGGUACUAAUUGGGGAGCGCGUACUAGUUUGUCUAAGUGUAAGUAGCGACUAUCAGCAACGUUGUUGUCCAUCAUAGAAUUCAAUUGCACGCAAGUUUGUCUUUCUUGAACACGUCAUGAAGAAUUAGAUCCACGUCCUCGUAAUAAUGUAAUACUUCUUAAGUUGUCGUCAAAGAUCAUUGUUCAUAAAUUCAAGGGGAAAUCUAUCAUUAACAUCUGUUUUCAUUGUUAUCUAUCAUAAUAUCGUGUAACCACAACCAGAAGGGCAAUUAGAUUUAAGAGUAGAAGAAGAAUAUCAGCUUGAGCUUUUGCUAUUCCAGAAGUCAUAGAUUGUACUUAUUCAACAAGAUCACAUUUGAGGCCACAAUAAGUGAUUGACAGCAUGCUCUCACAAUGUUGAUUGGUCAGCGGUAGAGAAACAGUAGAGAGAGCGAAAAAUGGAGAGAAAGCGCCGACGUUCCAUUCGCAAACAUCUUCAUCAACACUUCUUGCUCACGUACUUAAAUCUUCUUCACUAUCAACUUAGUCGGGGGCAUCGUGACUCGUCAGCUGGUG